CAUUUGACAAAUCCACAUUUGAUUCUGGGUGGAGAGAGAGGGAGAGAGAACGAGAGGAGGAGACACGCGGGCUUCCUUGUCUCUUGUGAGGAUUUUCGCACCAAAAGACGUAUCACCGCCUGAGCUUGCGUUCUUUCUCUCAGAUGUAACAAGCACCUGCUCCGAGGAAGGAAGAAGAAGAAGAAGAAGGAGGGGAAAAAAGCCUCCUCCGAAGUCCGUGAUGGGAGGAUGUUACGGAUAUCUCACCUGACAUCGAUUCUCUGCAACAUUUUUCUCUGACCGUUCCACGCGACGCGUCAUUCUGAGGGAAAACUUUUUUGCCGCCUUAAUUUUUUUAAAUGUAAAAUCCGUUAAAACUCAGCAGCGCUGGUUUCAUAGUGGCGCUAUGACAUCAGCGUGGAUCGGACGCGUUUUAGUCAAAUAUCGCUGCACUUUAAUGCGUUUUGCGUGUGUUUGAUUUAAGGACAAAUCAUAGAAAGGUACUGUACGCAUUUGACUUUGUUCUUCUGUCUUUUUUCUUUGUUGUAAAAAAAAUAUAUAUAAUAAUGAGUUAAAAAUUGCAGAAUUUCUAAGCAACAAGCGGCGCCAUACAAUGCGCACUUCCCCAAGGAAUAACGCAUCAUUAUUGCGCGGUGUUUUUUGAGAAAACCUCAACGUAUUCAACAGCAACCGUACUUUGAAAGGCUCUAUGGUCGUUAUUGAGGUCGCGUCUGUUUUUGUUUACCUAUAAAUACUGUGAAAAGUGCCUUUUUCUCUUCCCCGACGACAAGGAGACAUGGCUUGCUUUCCAUGGCGGGUAUUUUGGAUCAUUCAAGCGCUAGUGGAUGUGACACUUUCGCAGGAAAUAUAUGCUCCCCAUUCCAUCAGAAUUGAGGGGGAUUUGACCCUGGGUGGCCUUUUCCCGGUCCAUGCCCGCGGGGUCUCCGGGGAACCGUGUGGAGAUAUCAAAAAGGAGAACGGGAUUCACAGGUUGGAGGCGAUGCUUUAUGCACUGGACCAAAUCAACAGCGACGACGAGCUUUUGCCCAACAUCACUUUAGGCGCUCGGGUUUUGGACACAUGCUCGCGAGACACGUACGCGCUGGAGCAGUCGCUUACUUUUGUGCAGGCUCUCAUACAGAAAGACACGUCGGAUGUGAGGUGCACGAACGGAGAGCCCCCGGUGUUCGUCAAACCCGAGAAGGUGGUCGGAGUCAUAGGGGCUUCGGCGAGUUCAGUGUCCAUCAUGGUCGCGAAUAUACUGCGACUGUUCCAGAUUCCGCAGAUCAGCUACGCCUCCACCGCUCCAGAGCUGAGUGAUGACCGUCGAUACGAUUUCUUCUCUCGUGUCGUACCUCCUGACUCCUUCCAGGCGCAAGCCAUGGUGGACAUAGUGAAACUGAUGGGGUGGAACUACGUGUCUACAGUGGCCUCGGAGGGAAGCUACGGUGAGAAAGGAGUCGAGGCCUUCAUGCAGAUUUCCAGAGAAGCGGGUGGAAUCUGCAUCGCUCAGUCCCUGAAGAUCCCUCACGACCACAAGCCGGCUGAUUUUGACAAGAUUAUCCGACAGCUCCUGGAGACCCAUCUUGCCCGGGCGGUCAUUAUUUUUGCUUACGACGACGACAUUCGGGGGAUCCUUAACGCCAGCAAAAGAGCCGAUCAAGUGGGUCAUUUCCUGUGGAUCGGGUCUGAUAGCUGGGGAGCCAAGAACAGCCCUAUUCAAGGCCUCGAGGACGCCGCCAUCGGUGCCGUCACCAUCCUGCCAAAAAGAGACUCUAUUGAGGGUUUCGACACCUACUUCAUUUCACGCACGCUGGAGAACAACAGGAGAAACGUCUGGUUCGCCGAGUUCUGGGAGGAGAACUUCAAUUGCAAGCUCAUGAGUUCCUCCAAGAAAGAAGACACUAGCAGAAAGUGCACAGGGCAAGAGCGAAUCGGAACAGACUCCAAAUACGAACAGGAAGGGAAGGUGCAGUUUGUGAUAGACGCGGUGUAUGCCAUGGCUCACGCCCUGCACAACAUGCAGAAGGACCUUUGUCCCGACCAGUCCGGGAUUUGUGGGGAGAUGGAGCACGCUGGUGGCAAGAAGCUUCUCAAGUACAUCCGAUCAGUCAGCUUCAACGGGAGCGCCAAGACGUCCGUCACAUUCAACCGGAACGGCGACGCACCGGGACGGUACGCUCUUUUCCAGUACCAGAUGAACAACAACAACACUCCCGCGUAUAAAGUUAUAGGACAGUGGACAGAAACUCUCCAACUCAAUAUCGAUGAGAUGCAGUGGCCCAACGGUGAGAUGGAAAUUCCCAGCUCGGUCUGCAGUCUGCCCUGUAAGACGGGUGAACGCAAGAAGAUGGUGAAAGGCAUGCCGUGCUGCUGGCACUGUGAGCCCUGCGACGGCUACCAGUACCAGUAUGACGAGACGUCCUGCAAACUCUGUACUUACAAUAUGCGUCCCAACGGCAACCGGACAGGAUGCCAGCCCAUCCCGAUCGUCAAGUUGGAGUGGCAUUCACCCUGGGCUGUCAUUCCAGUCUUCUUGGCUAUGCUCGGCAUCAUUGCCACCAUCUUUGUUAUGGCAACAUUCAUCCGCUACAACGACACCCCAAUCGUACGAGCAUCUGGGAGGGAGCUCAGCUAUGUUCUGCUGACAGGGAUAUUCCUGUGUUAUAUCAUCACGUUUGUAAUGAUCGCCACUCCGGACAUUGCCGUUUGCUCCUUCAGGCGAAUCUUCCUUGGGUUAGGAAUGUGUAUUAGCUACGCAGCGCUCCUCACGAAGACCAAUCGAAUUUACCGCAUCUUCGAGGAAGGGAAGAAGUCAGUAAGUCCGCCGAAACUGAUCAGCCCGACGUCUCAGUUAGCCAUCACGUCCAGCCUCAUCUCCGUCCAGCUCUUAGGGGUCCUCAUAUGGUUCGGAGUGGAUCCUCCAAACACCAUAAUCGAUUACGACGAGCAGAAGACCAUAAACCCCGACAAGGCCCGAGGGGUUCUCAAGUGUGACAUUACGGACCUUCAGAUCAUUUGCUCUCUAGGAUACAGCAUCUUGCUGAUGGUAACAUGUACGGUUUACGCCAUCAAGACACGAGGCGUUCCAGAAAACUUCAACGAAGCCAAACCCAUCGGCUUCACCAUGUACACCACCUGCAUUGUGUGGCUUGCUUUCAUUCCCAUUUUCUUUGGGACGGCACAAUCUGCGGAAAAGCUCUACAUCCAGACCACCACGCUGACCAUCUCCAUGAAUCUGAGCGCGUCCGUGGCUCUGGGAAUGCUCUACAUGCCCAAGGUUUACGUCAUCAUCUUCCACCCAGAGCUCAACGUGCAGAAACGCAAGCGCAGCUUCAAGGCUGUGGUGACGGCGGCCACCAUGUCCUCACGUCUGUCACACAAGCCCAGUGACCGGCCGAACGGCGAGGCCAAAACCGAACUGUGUGAAAAUGUGGAUCCUAACAGCUAAUUCUCAUAAUUUAUCAGGUCCGGCUGCUAAGAAGAAAUACGUGAACUACAAUGACCUUGUGAUCUGAGGGCCUCCAUCACAGGAGGAAGGUGAUCGAUGGCACUUCCUGGUUUCUCUCAGCUCUUUGGAACAAAAGUAAAGCAGGAAAAAGCUUUUGGUGUCCUUCUGUUUUCAUCCUUAUUUCGUCCAAGGGCCAGGACAGCAAUUGGGCCCUCAGCUAAACCAACGAAAGAGGAUAUCAGUUGAUUUUCAACACAUUAAAGACACACAAAACUGCAAAACCACCCUCAAAAAAUAAAUAAAAACCCUGACAUCUACAAAAAAUUAACAGGAAUUACAAGCAGAGGAAAUCAAUUUAGUUGUAUUUUUUGUUUUUUGUUUUGCUGAUGGAGGAAGCUGAUGGGGUGUAACAGCGGCACAAAACGACUGAUUGCCUGUCAGUCAAACGAUUGAGGUUGCACUUGGCGUGAUAGACCUUUGACAAGGCAUUUCUUUUGACACUCCAUCACAGACUUUCUUCAGGGCACGGAUGAAUUGACAUAGCUUUGGAAUGCUGGGCCUUAAGGUCCUCCUCAUCUUUACAUGUACUUCCAAUCUGCAAGUUUUUUGGGAUUUUUCGUGCAAAUUUGUGUGGUUCUUUCAGCAUUUUGGUUUCGUUUUGCUGUUUUUACGUUUCGGUUGAGCGUUUCUUUUUUGGUUUUCCUUGCCUUUUCUGGAUGCACAUUGUAUUAAAGCCAUAUUCUUCUCUUUGAGAUCCCAUUCCUGGAAAUAUUGAUUCUUUAUUUUGCGGAUCUGUGUUGGUUUUCGCCCUUUAACAUGAUAAACGUUUCACAUUUUUCGACUUUCCCACCAUGUUUGUAAGGGUUCGUAGACCAUCGACUGUGUUUAUAGUGACUUUGAGAGAUGUUGCAUUGGUUUUACAGUGACUAAACCCCGGUGAUCGAUGGUGUUUCAGAAUUCUUUUUAAAGAAAGUGUUCGCGUAGCAGUUGUCAAUGCAUGCUUGAUAUGUUUGAUGUUGAAGUAAAUGAAACUUUCACCACAGUUCUCUCACAAUGGCCUGUUUAUGGAUGAUUUUACAAGCCUUUAUUGAUUUCUCUCUUUUUACCUUAAUGGAUUUCUCAGACAUUCACUCACUCAAGGCAGAAUAUGGCUUUAAUUUGUCUUGGAAUUUUUAACUGCCCCGGAACUUAUGGAGAAAUUGUGCAAAAGAUAUGGAUAUAUAUUUAAAAAAAUAUGAAAAAAACAACAACAACAAAUAAAAUAAAAUAAAAAGCAUGUAUGUUUUAUACUGUUUGUACUAAGUAUAUUCAUGUUGCCCUUGCUGCUUAUGUGCUGAUAUUGUGGAAGACUUUUAUGUUUGGCCACUCAUGCAACUAUACUGUGGUGUUGUCCAAGAAUGUACCAACAUGAAAUAAAACCAUUUGGUUAUUUUUUAUUA